UUAUACUCGUACAACGUAUUGGCCACAGCCUUGUUCCAAAUUAUCACUUAUAAGAUAGUAUUUGUUUGACUCUCGAAAUUGUUGGUAGUGGCGAUGUGGCUUGUGAUAUUAUAUUUAUUGUUCGGAGAUGCACAAUCAGGUUUAUCAACUGUUACUGGCCGAAUUGAAAAUGUGAUCAAUGAACGGACCACUCUAAUUGAAAAUGAAAUUAAAAUGAUGUUUGGAAGUGAUAUAAAUCUCAGUGAUAGUGAAGAAAAAGUAAAUGAAAUUAUAAUGAACUUGAAACACGAAGAGUUAGACAUUGGAUUUGAAGAGCCACAACUGUUUAAUGUUUCAAAACAUUUUUUUGAAUAUAAAGAUGAAAUAAAAAAAAGUAAGCUAUUUCAAUUAAUUAAACAGAUGCCAAAAGGAGCAAUCCUGCAUGCCCAUGACACGGGCAUUUUAAGUCCAGAUUACGUUUUACAGUUGACGUAUUGGGAAAAUUUGUACGUUUGUUUCGAAGGAGAUGAUUUGCGCUUCUUGUUCUCGAAAAGCAUUCCAACAGAUACUUGUGAUAGCCAAUGGCAGUUACUGAGAGACACGAGAUUCUCUUCUGGCGACGUAGAAAUAUUUGAUGCUAAGCUAAGGAAAUAUUUUACUCUUGUAAUUGAUAAACCAAAUGAAGUGUACACUGAUAUUAAUCUUGUGUGGAACGCAUUUCAAAAUUAUUUUAUUAGGACUACUUCAUUAAUUUGUUACAAACCUGUUUGGGAACAAUACUUUUACGAUGUUCUUAAAGCUUUGAGAGAAGAAAACGUCAUGUAUAUAGAAAUUCGUAGUACAUUGCCUGAAUUGUAUGACUUAGAUGGAAAUGUUUUUGAUUCAGUUGUAACUGCACAAUCAUAUAAGAAUGUUUUAGAUAGAUUCCUUGUUGACUAUCCAGACUUUUAUGGCGCUAAACUUAUUUAUGCCCCACUACGAAUGGUUGACGCUUCAACUGUUAAAAACUAUAUAGAAAUAGCUAAAGAAAUAGAUUAUACAAUACCUGGAUUUUUAGCUGGAUUUGAUUUAGUUGGUCAAGAGGAUUUAGGUGCUCCUACAAAAGAAUUUUUGGAGGAACUGGUUGAAGGUCGUAAAUAUUUGCAAUACUUUUUUCAUGCCGGUGAAACGAAUUGGAAUGGAAUGAGUACUGAUGAAAAUCUUUUCGAUGCGAUAGUGUUAGGAACAAAGCGCAUUGGUCAUGCAUUUGCAUUAUCUAAACAUCCCAUUUUGAUUGACGAAAUUAAAAAGAGAGAUAUAGCUAUAGAAGUGAAUGUGAUAUCAAAUAAUGUACUCAAAUUAGUAGACGAUGUAAGGAACCAUCCACUAGCUUCUUUUUUAGCUCAAAAUCUUCCAGUUGUAUUAUCAAGUGACGAUCCCGGGAUUUGGGAAGCUGAUAUUUUGUCUCAUGAUUUUUAUGUUACUUUUGUUGGUGUUGCAAGUCGACACGCAGAUUUAAGACUUUUGAAAAAACUUGCUUUGAAUUCUUUAUAUUAUAGCACAGUUAAGAAUAAAGACAAACUUGUACAUGAAUUUGAAAUACGAUGGACUAGAUUUAUUGAUUCUGUAAUAAAAAAUAGUUGGUGAGAAUAGCUUUGUAUAUAAAUUCAAAAGAAUAAAUGUACUUACCUAUGUACCUAAAGCAAAUCUAAUUAAUUAUCUUUAUUAAUUACUCGAAAGAAAUCAAUUUUGGCGCUGGAAUUACUUGGAUUAAUUCCAUCUUUUCUCAUUUUCUGUGGGAACACCGGCACUAUUUCAGGAACGUGUAUAACUUUUCAGUUCCGGAGAUUUUGUCUAAUGUUAAUAAAUGAAUUUCGCAUCUAAACGUUAGAAGAAGAAAAGGAAGAUUAUUAGGUAUUAUUUAUUAACUUAUGACUUAGUAAAUUUUAUAAUAAAUAAUUUAUUUUUUACUAUUA